GCCGCCGCCGCCAGCCCGGCCAUGCCGCCCCCCGCCGCGCUGCUGCUGCUGCUGCUGCUGCUGCCGCUGCCCGUCCACGCCGCCGAGAGCGAAACCGAAACCGGUGCCCGGGACCUGCGGCUGGAGACGCUCGUGCCCCCCCCCGAGGGCUGCACGGAGCUGUCGGCGCCGGGGGACACGGUGCACAUCCACUACACGGGCAGCCUGGAGGACGAUGGCCGCAUCAUUGACACCUCAUUGAGCCGGGACCCGCUCCAGGUGGAGCUGGGCAAGCGCCAGGUCAUCCCCGGCCUGGAGCAGAGUCUGCUGGACAUGUGUGUGGGGGAGAAGAGGAGAGUCAUCAUUCCCCCUCACCUGGCCUACGGCAAGCGGGGGUCCCCCCCGUCCAUCCCAGGGGACGCGGUGCUGCGGUUCGAGGUGGAGCUGGUGGCUCUGUCCCGUGCCAGUUACUGGCAGAAGGUGCUGAACAAGGUGGUGCCACUGCUGUGCUUGGGGCUGGUGCCGGCACUGCUGGGGCUCAUCGGCUGCCACCUCUACCACAAGGCCAGCAGCGCCAGGGUGUCCAAGAAGAAGAUGAAGGAGGAGAAGAAAAACAAAGCCAAAAGGAAAUAAAGCCUUUCCCUGGGCAUCUGUGGCUGCUCCGUGACUACGUGCGGCUCUGAGGCACAGAGACACCUUGAACACAAGCAGGAGGUGACAGACCCACACCAAAGCUCAGCUUGUCCCAGAAAUAAGACCC